GCCUGUUUGUGUUUGUUCAAAGUGUUUUGAUAAUGUUUGUUUUCCAUCUUGUUAAUAAAUGCUAUGUUUUUUACCAGGAUUGAUCAGCAAAGUAGUGUUGUUCUUGGCUGGACUAGCUACUAAAGGGCUAACUUUUUGUUUGUUUUAUUGUAAUUUUUUAAACCAAUUAGUCAUUAUUUUUUAGUAGGUGUUUGUGAUGUGUUUGAUGCUGUGAUUUUUUUUUUAAUACUAUUUUUAACAUUUACAAUUUAACAUAUGUAGCUUUCAUCAAAAAAAUAAUUUUGUUUAUCUUUUUUGUGAUAAUAUUCCUUUUGUUCCUGAAUUGAACUCAGAAAAAAUGUCUUACGCUCCUGCAGUAAGUUGACACCCCCUUUUUUUAAAAAAAAUUUGAUUGUAUAUUUUUUGGACUUUGUUUUUGUCUUAUUCAACCUUUUUUCGUUUUAUUUUUUAAAGUGUGUGAUGUCAAUAUUUAUUGCUGCCGAAGCCCUACCUCCCCAACCCACGCCAGCACUCCCACCCCAACCGCCAGCCCCACAACCACAACCGGCUCCUCAUCAACCAAGGCAACGGAGGCGUGCUAGGCCACCAAUUUUCCGACCCCGUGUCCUACUUUUUGGGAUGCCAGAUGAUGUGGUUGUACGUAGAUACAGGCUGCCACCACAUCUAAUCCUAGACACUCUCUCCAUAAUAGAGAGUGAUCUGGAGUCUGAAAUUCGGUAUCCUACAGCAAUACCACCAUUGACACAAUUCCUUGCUGUGUUACAUUUUUUGGCUACAGGCUCUUAUCAGCAUGUGGUAGGAGACCUGGUUGGCAUGUCGCAGGGCCAGUUCAGUAAGGUCCUGCGGCGUGUCUGCCAGGCUUUCCUAAAGCGUGUGAAGCAAUUUAUUGCUAUGCCUUUGGAUGUUGGUGCCCUAGAUGUGGUGAAGCGGCAAUUUGAGGAAGGUGGUAGUCGCUUCCCACAUGUUAUUGGGGUUGUGGAUGGCACACAUGUAGCUAUUCAGCCACCAAAACAUAAUGAAGAAAUUUAUAGAAACAGGAAACUGUUUCAUUCUCUGAAUGUAAUGGUUGUUUGUGGGCCAUCCCUCCAGAUCCUUUCCCUGAAUGCAAAGUUUACUGGAAGUUCCCAUGAUGCGUAUGUCAUUAGACAAUCAGGGAUAUGGCACAGAUUAAGAUCAAGUCAACGAGCAGACAUGUGGUUAUUGGGAGACCGUGGAUAUCCUUGCACCCCCUGGCUCAUGACUCCUUACCGUAAUCCCAGGCCAGGACCACAGACGGCAUUUAACUCCGCGCUUACUGCCACUAGGCAGCUGGUGGAGCGCACAAUUGGGGUCCUUAAAGGGCGGUUUCGUGUGCUCCACCGCACUGGUGGCGACAUCAUGUAUUCGCCGGAGAUGGCAAGUAAACUAGUGGUCCUGUGCGCUAUACUACACAACAUCGCGGUAAGGAGUAGCGUAGAGCUUCCUCAGACAGAGGAAUUGCCUGAUGAGGAGCCAGGGGUUGUCCGACACUUCGGUGGGGGGAGUGUUACACGGAGGGGGAGCCAAGUCAGGGCAAGCAUUGUUGCGGAAUAUUUCAGCUGAAUGAUCACACAAACUGUGGACGACCACAACGGCAAGCAACACAUGAGGCACCAUCUCAGCCCCCUUCCCCUUCUCACUCCCCCUCCACUUCCCAGUCCCCCUCCCCUUCUCACUCCCCCUCCCCUUCCCAAUCCCCCUCAGCUUCCCAGUCCCCCUCUGCUUCCCAGUCCCCCUCAGCUUCCCAGUCCCCCUCAGCUUCCCAAUUACCCUCAGCUUCCCAGUCACCCUCAGCUUCCCAGGCCCACUCCACUUUCCACUCCCCUUCUCACCCCACCUCUCCUUCUCUUUCUGUGACCCCUUCUCCUCCUUCCCAUACCCCUUCUCCUUCAACUUCCAAAUCACCUUCUCAGCCCCCCUCACCCUCUAUUGGCCUAACAUUCUCUCCGCCCCCCUCGCCCUCUCAAUCAGACCCACCCUCUGAAAUCACAUCCCCAAUCCCUCCUCCUUCCCCCAUCCAGCCUCCUUCCCCCAUCCCUCCUCCUUCCCCAAUCCCUCCUCCUUCCCCCAUCCAGCCGCCUUCCCCCAUCCAGCUGGCAUCACCACCCAGCGAAUGGGCAGAAGAAGCCCCAGAUGGGCUAAGUGACAAUGUUGUGGAGGAAAAUUCUGCAGUUGGAGAUCCCAGCACUUUGCCUGAACUUUUAGGGCGGCUGAAAGCCCAUUUAAGGGAAGUGUUAGCAGAUAUCGAGGCAAUAGAAAAAAAUCUGUGAUAUUUUUAUUUUAAUUUUGUUAAAAGUUUCUUAAAAAAACAAAAAAAACAAAUAAAAAAAAUAAAAAAAUUGUUGAAGUUAA